AUGGGCGGGCUCAUUGCCGCUGUGCUAGGCGCAGCAUGGCUGCUUUCCUCCGUCAGCUCCGUGGUCGGGACUGCAGCACCUGGCACCGUGGGAUACACCUUCGAAAAGCGUCGUGUCAAGGCGCAGGACUACCCUCACCUCGCUCGACGACAGUCGUCGAAAACCGUCCAGGCAUCUCUGGACAAUGAGAUCCUGCUUUACUUGAUCAACGUCACAGUCGGGACCCCAGGCCAGCCCUUCUCUCUUCAGCUCGACACCGGCUCGUCCGAUAUCUGGUUCCCCGCCGUCAAUGCAGACAUUUGUGAAGACAAUGUUCAGAACUGUCCUCUCGGCAUGUACGACUACAGCAAGUCGUCCACCUACUCCGACCCUGACGCCCCCGAAUUCCAGAUUCAGUAUGUCGACGGAUCGCAAGUUGCGGGCGCAUACAUCUCCGAUGUUCUCAACAUUGGUAACACCAAGCUCACAAAUAUGACAAUGGCUGCUGCCUUGACUGCGAACACAAGAGGACUGGGCAUCAUGGGCAUUGGCUUUGAAUCGGGAGAGGCUGGGUAUUUAUUGAAUGGAUUUUCUUAUCCCAACGUCAUCAGCGUCCUCAAGAAUGAGGGGUACAUCAACACGUUGUCCUAUUCGUUAUGGCUGGAUGACAAGAAUUCCAACACGGGCAGCAUUCUUUUCGGAGGCGUCGACACCAGCAAGUACCUCGGUGAUUUAGUCGCCCUUCCCAUUCAGUUGGAUACCCAGACUGGAACAAUCAGUUCCAUGACGGUCGCAUGGACGGGUUUGACUGUGACCGGCCCUGGUCAAGAGUCGGACUUGAGCCCAUCCUCGCCUCAACCAGCUAUUCUUGACUCCGGAACAAGUUACACCCUCCUCCCAGACGAGGUUGCCGAGGCUGUAUUCAACGGCGUGGGAGUCCUGACAGACCCGUCAUAUGGCAAUGUUGUGCCUUGCAAACUCGCCAACGACGAUUUGACCUUUUCCUUCCGCUUUGGCGGCUCGGAUGGACCUGUUGUCAACGUGAGCUUGUCAGAAUUUGUGAGUCCCUUGUUGACCACGGAUGGAUCUCAGCCUACGUUCCGAAACGGAGACAAGGCGUGUGCUUUUGCCAUUCAAGCUGCUGGUGACAACCCGAUUUUGUUUGGCGAUUCUUUUCUCCGGAGCGCAUAUGUGGUUUAUGAUCUGGAGAACCAAGAGAUUGGCAUUGGCCAAACCGAUUUCGACGCCGGCAAGUCGAAUAUCCAAGCGUUUCAAGCAAGCAGUGGCAUUCCUAAUGCAGUCUCCACUGCCUCGGCCGCGAGCGUUGCUCAAACGUUUUCUGGCGUUCCUCACAUCACCCAAGCCACCGCAACAGCUACUGGAGACCUCAGUGCCGCAACUAGCAGGUCGGCUACUUUCCACCUGACAGCAACGGGUACGAGCAAGGGUGGGUCGAGCAGCAGCGGCAGCAGUACUGCCUCGUCGUCGGGCUCCCAUAAGACCAACGGAGCCAAUGCCAAUAUUCGACCCGCGCCUUUCAACGCGGCAAGCAUCCUUGCCAGCUGUGGUGUUGUCGUCAUGGGCUUUUUCUUUGGGGGCAGCCUCGUGUUGGUAUAG